AUGCCGUUACCUACAUUAUUAGAUGCAGAAAAUAAAGAGCUAUUUAUGAGGGUUUUAAAUUUCUCAUAUCCUUUAACUAUUGAAAAUGUUCAAAACGAGCAAUGUGGUGUACAACUCUUUAUGCAUUUUCCCACAACGUCUGAUUCAGGUAUUGAGAUUAAAUUUAAGACCGACAUGAUGUAUUUACCACCGGGUGCCUAUACGUUACAGAAACUUCUUGAUACUUUAAACACAUUUGUCGGCGAAUAUGAUGUGAAAUUUACAGUUUUAAAUAACGGGCGAGUCGGUGUAACGUACAAUAUCGAACGUGAAUAUUGGCAUUCUGACGUACAUAUAAAAAGAGUUUCAACAAAACCCCCCCAUCAAGUAUUCGAAGUUUUUUCCCAAAAUACCGCAGAGGGUGACGAAUUCAAAAUGGUAUUUACCGAAUCUUUGGAAUAUAUGCUAGGUUUGCGGGAAAUAAGGGUUCACCCAGAUGUCGCCGAAACAAAAUUGGAAUGGGAAAGAGGAUCUUUUUAUUUUGCAAAUCAUAUACAACCACCCCAUGAUUGGUACCGUUUCAUGAAUAAAACAAAUGCGAGUGGCGAUAAUAAAUUUGCUUGUUCAUUCAUGGGUAAAGCCCUUCCUGAUAUUUCCAAUGGUAUUGAUAAAAUGUUUGUAUAUUGCGAACAAUUGGAAAUGUCAGUUGUUGGCGAUACAUAUGCACCUUUGUUAGCCAUUGUACCCUUAAACGGUAGCGAUCGGGGUAGUGGUGCAUUGUGUGUAUAUACACCACCGAGUACACGACGUAGGUUAAUUAAAAGUAAAAUUGAUCAAUUUAAAGUUACAAUCUACGAUACAACGCAUACGCUAAUACCAUUUAGCAGUGGCACCGUGAAUAUCGAGUGUGUUGUUGAAUAAGAAAAAAUGUUAAAAAUCGAUUUAGAAGUAAAAGCCGAUCGCCCUAAAGAACUUGUAUCUGUAAAAUAUGAAUACAGCUCGGAAGUUAAAGCACAACUAUCGCAUAAAUUAAUGCAUUACACUGUUGCACAUGUUAUGGGUUUAUUGGGGGGUUAUAAAUUAUCUGUUGCACGAAAAUGGGAUGUUACUAACAGACUAACAGGUCGUAAAAGUCGUGCAACAGGUGGUGGUUAUUUUUACGAUGGCAAAGAUUACGGCACAGUACGUGGAAAAACAGUUCGACAUUAUUAUACCCUAAAACGGUAUUUAUUAUUUGAACGAUUUGAACAGGUGUCUAAUAAUCGUAUAAUAAUUCCUGUAUCGAAUUCAACGGUUAAAGCACCACUACCAAAUUGUUUAUUAACCGUACGAAAUGUGAGCGAUUUAGACGAGAACGUGAAAUUUAUUUUUGAACGCACACCGGGGUAUGAUCAAGAUAGUUUUGCAUUGGCUGCGGGUGUAAUAAACCGGUCAAAAUUAUCCAUUGUUUUGAAUAUAUAUGAUGAAAUAUAAAAAAGGGGUAAUCAUUCACGAUGCAGCGAGCAGACUACGUAAAGCUGUUAAAAGGUGGUGGUACGCGUUAUAAGGGUACAAGUUUGUAUACGUUAUCAGGUAAAGCAUCGACCGUUGAAGAACGUGCUGCCGGUAAAAUUUGUCUACCGCCACAAUUAAAUCCCUGUUACGCCCCAAACCCAAAAAUACAAAGGGUGGGUAAAAUACAACCAAGAGCUCCUAAACAGCAAGCAAGAGGUGGUGUUCCUGCCACAACAAUAUCACCGGAAAUUUUAAAAUUAAUCUAUGGGUAGUAAACGAAGAAUAGCUAAUAAACGGAAAAAGUCGAAAAAAGGGAAAAAACAAAUAGGUGGUUUUGGCCCCGCUGCGGGUAUAGCAUUGGGGAUGGCAUUACCCAUGUUAUUAAAUACAGGUACAAGUGUUGUAGGUAGUAUUUUUGGUAAAAAACCUGCACAAAAACCUGUACAAAGUGUAAAUCAAGGGGGUAAUAGACCAGCACCUUCAUGGAUGCAAGGACCGCCACCACGAUGCCGCCGCAGACGACCGCAAAGAUAUUAUGACGAUGAUUAUUAUUAAUGUGUAUAUAAAAUAAUUUCCUUUUAUUAAUAAAUUAUUAAAUUAAAAAAAUAUACGUGUGUGUGUGUUUUUUAAAAGGGAACUGUUUUUUAAAAUAGUUUCAUUAGUUCGUUGAACAUCGUCAAGAUGAAACGUAAAAGACAAGAGGAGGCCGAACCUAUUGAAGAACAUGAUAGUGGUUUUGUGGGACCCAUGACAUUAUUUGAUACAUUCCCACAUAAUGAUACAUUUGCCGAAACACGUACUCUCGAAUUACUGCCCAAUCCUACUACCGAAAAUGCCGAAAUCUAUACAUUUAUGCAUAAUCGGCAAGAUUAUGGUGUAAUAGAUAUGGUUGAUGCUAAACUAUCGGCAAAAUUACGUGUUGCUGUAACAGAUGGUGGCGCUGCAGCUGCUGCCGAUCGAAAUGUAUGUGUUAACAUGGCACUGUUACGUUACGGUUGGAAAACCAAAGCUGUGUAUUUAAAUAAUCAAUUAAUUACACCACAAUCGAGUAAGGAAAAUGAACUUGAGUUUACUCAUGAUUUUCUAACAACCGUUCCUUCCGAAUACAACGAUGAUAGAGAUAUUAAUUUAAUGAUUCGCGACACACCCGGUCGGAUGGAUGUAAUCACAAAUUUACAUCAUAAUACAAAUGCUACCGGCAAUACAAAUAUUGGUGCAAUACAAAGAUAUCUUAAAAUAAAUCAAGCCGUAGUUUAUCGAUGUAUUGAUAAACUCGAUUUGUUGGGUCGUGUUAAACGUUAUGUACCCACAUCGUUUGAUAUCAAAGUGGUUUUAACAAGAUUGGAGAAAACAAAAGUCCUGUACGGUACGGCUGCAGAAUGUGCUGUGGUAGAUUUAAGAAUGGGUGAUUUAAAAUUAACCAUGCCAAUUUUAAAACCCAAUGCACAAUUAUCGGCAGCAAUUAAUGAUUUGAUGAUUCAAAAAGGUGAAGAAUGUCGGUAUUAUAAAAUUACACAUCGUUAUGUUGCAAUACCCGUACCCGCUAAUAGCCGACACAUUCAACACAAAGAUAUUUUCAAUGGUGCACGACCUACACGUCUUGUAACGCGUUUGUGA